AUGAAAGUAUAUUUCGAGCUGAUUGAUAUCAGCAAAUACCAAUGUAGUGCAUAUUUACACUUAUUGUGGUUACAGCUUAUGCUAAAAGUGCCUCUGUGGUGGACUCUAUUUAAGCCCUUCUUCCUAAAUAUUAUCCUUACACAUGUAACUAAAGGGCUGAGAAUAUUAUGUUUAUGGUUGUCUAUUUUAGGGGGUGUGGAUGUGCGUUUCAUCAAGGAACCUUCUAAUCCAAGCUACUUCAACAAUGGCAGUGAUGCCAACCUGGUGUGGGACUACACUGAUACACAAAAUAAGAUUCAGUACAUUAUCUAUAGUGUUCUGGUAGAUGGUACAUUUGUCAGAAUGAUGGUUAAUGACAGUCGUGGUGUCCAAGAACAUCCUAACAUUCCUCCAUCUUACAAAGGAAGAGUUAAAAUUGAAGGAAGAGCUACACUGGUUAUCAAUAACAUCAACCCUGGAGACAAUACCGAAUUUGAAUGUUCAAUACGGGAAGAAGGGAACAUUGCAAGUAAAGUUCAGCUUAUUGUGGCAGGUUUGUAUUACAGACAUAGCCAUUAAUAAUCGAACAAAAAUCCAAUGCAUUUAAUUCAUGUCUGUCAUAUUUCUGAGAUCUGGAGAAAGUAAAUAAUAGCAUAAAUUUGUGCAAAACUUUUAUAUGCAGGGCUGAAAGUGGCUAGCUAACCCAACUUUUGGGAACAAUAGUGAUACACUCCUACAAACAAAAGGAGAAAGUAAAUUCUACCUGUACUAUGUUGUUUCUCAUCAGUGAGAAUUCAAAGAGUAAUUGCUUUAUUCUUCUGGCACCAACUACUGGGUUGCUCUGUUAUGCAUAGAGAACUAUUAUUAAUAUGAAUACUGAGAUUUUAUCAUGGCAAAGAUGUCAAUUUAAAAUGGUUAGUCAGAACUAGAAACAAUCCGGCUGGUUCUAUGAUUUUGCUAAAUCAGGGAAGGAGAAUAUUGCAUGACCAGUCACAGGCAGUAUGUGAAAUUAAUAGGCCAUUUUACAGUUGUGUACUUAGUUGCCAAGCCUUUGAUUUGGAGUGAGGCUGAAGGUGACCUUGUUGUGAUAGAGACCAGUAUCUUGUUAGCAUGAUAACAAAGUAAUUUGCAUUUGAAAAGUAGCAAGGUUUGUAUCAUGACAGGGUCACCUUUAGCCUCAUUCCUGUUCAAAGGCUUGGCAACCAAGCACACAACUGUAAAAUGGACUAUUUGGUGUGAAAAAAAUGGCAUUGCUUUUCAAGUCUUUUAAAGGGACUUGUCAAAGGGAAUGGGGCCCUGCUUUACGAUUUAGCUUGUGAGGAAGCUUAAUUGUUCUGAAUAAAGUUUGAGCCUCUUUAUACUAGUUGGUUGUGGGGGACCAAUGGCUGGAUACUUUUGUGUAUUUUAUUGUAAUUGGGAACAUUUUAAAACUCAAUCUAUGUAAAAUUUGCUAUAUGCCAUAUGAGCCUUAUAUGGCAUAUGGCAAAUUUUACUUGUCCUGAGGUGAGAUAUAAUCUCUUUCAACUUUCAGAGGCACCACUUAUAAACCUCUCUUCAGAAGUGAAAUAUUACACUGAAGGAUCCCCUGUCACCAUGGCUUGUAAAGCUUCUGGGAAACCACUGCCAGAUGUAGCAUGGAUUAGAAAUGGAGAACUGGAAAGUUCAGGGAAGAAAGCUGCGUUUUUAAAGUUUGAUAAUAUAAACAGAACAGAUGCAGGACAAUAUACAUGUCAAGCCAAUAACUCAGUGGAAGUCACUUCCACUGACACAACAAUUGUAGUUCACUGUAAGUAUAUUUUAACCUUAAUUUUUAUUUCUGAAUUUACUUUAUUUAUGGUAUGAAUCCUGUAUUGGGGUUAGUUACACAAAACUGAUGAAUCUCUACAAAAGUGUAAGGAAACAGAAUUCCACCUCAAAUCCUUUUCAGCUUUGUGUGCAUCAGUCUCAAGUAUUGGUUGAGACAAUUGAAUAUAGGUGGAAUAAUUUUUCACAUUAUUUUGCUUUGGAGGGCGUGACAAUUUUCUCACCAAGUCAUUGCUUCAGUUGGACUGUGUUUAACUCAGAAAAUGGCUUAAAGCCAUUUGUGAGUCAUUGUGAAAACCCAAAAUUCUCUCCGUUUGACUAGUGCACAAGUCUAGCAUAUAUUCUGAUUCUGUGGGAGGGCUCUGGUUGGGGCUUCAUGGAAAUCCGAGGACUGGUCAAGAUCCUCACUGUCAGCUGAGAAAUUACACUUUUUUUACUGAUAGCUGAGAUCAGGUGGUUAAUGUCAAAAUGGGCUGAAAUUAAAACUACAUGCCCAAGGUUUGUGCACAUAUUUGCAUAUGUGGCGCUCGUAGAGAUAUACUAUUUGAGGACGAGAAUCUAUUUUAAAUUUAAUUACUCGUAAGCCGUGUCACCUUAUACUAAAUAAGCCAAAUAACACAAAAUUGACGGACUGUGCUAUGGAGUGAUCACAACCUUCGCUCUUUUUUUUCAUCUGAAGACAGUGAAAGGAAAGGCAAGUGCUGCGCCCGUGCAAUUGAUGUCCAUGGUUCUUUGGUUUGGAAGGUUGUGUAACCUGCAAGCACUAUGCCGUCCCGCUCUGUGAGAUAAUUAAUGAGUGAGUUACCAGUCAACUCUGACGAGUCGUUCGAGUCGAGUCGAUUGGACAAAAUCUGCAACCCCCUUUCGCGGCCACUUUGCGGAAAAGUGUCUUGCAAAUCGUCUUCCGGUAUGACAGGUCGACAUCAACUGUGACGAGUUGUUCGAUUCGACAUCAUCUUUAGUGCCCCUUCGUAGUUACUCGCGGAAUAUUUUCUAAGUUGUCUUGCAAAUCGACUUCCGGUGUGACGAGUCGACAUCAACUGAAACGAGUCGUUCGAUUCAAGUCGAAUCGAGUUGAUUCGACAACAGUCUCAACGACCCUUGGCAGUUACUUGCGGAAUAUUUUUUAAGUGUCUUCCAAAUCGACUUCUGGUAAGACAGGUCGACUUUUACUGAAACGAGUCAUUUGAUUCGACAACGUUUUCAACAAUCCUUGACAGUUACUUGCGAAAUAUUUUCUAAGUGUCUUGCAAAUUGACUUCCGGGAUGCGUUUCCAUCUAAUGAGAGAUGGUUUAUCAGAUUUCCAGUAUAACGGGACGCAUUAACCGCGAAUCGACUUCCGGUAAAACGAUUCACAAACUGCCUUUGACGAAUCGUAGCGGUUUGGGUGUAUUGGAAAACCCUCAUUUUGGUCGUACGAUCAAAUUUUUCCGACUUGAUGGGUUACUGUUGCAACUAUUAUUUUUUCAAUAAGUAUGGUCUACGCUGCGUGCUCUCCGCGCUCCGCUAUUGAAUCAGUGCAAGUCCCGUUGAUUAAUUCAAUAAUAAACAAAUACCUCACGUUUUAACUUUUUGUGAAGGAUUAAAAUUAAUUACAAACGGUUUUUAGACCGCAUUUAAAGACGCAAUUUUUCUACCAAAAAUUCAUCUCUAAACCAAUAUUUUGCUGGCAUUUAAAGGGAUUAGAGAGAGAAAGAGAGAGAGAGGAUUAAAAAGUUCUUUAUCGGCUUUAGGUCGUCACCCCCGUCUUUGCUUAAAAAUAAUGCCCAGCUAGCCAAACGAAAUUUUUUAAAAAGAAUGGCAACGAAGGUACGGAUGACUCUGCAUCUCACGAUAAGUGUUGCUAUGCCCUUAGGCAGAGAUAGGAAAAUACGGACCGCGCUAAGAAAACCAUCAGAUUGUAGGAUUUGUUGGCGUGCCCUCUAAGAAAAAAAUAAAUACACCUUAUUCUCGUUGCGAAUUAAUUUUUUUUCCGAGCCCUGAAGAGGCGAGAGAAAAUAUGAGCAAUCAGCAAAAUUUCCGCUCAUAUCAGAUGUUAAACUCUCGAUUAAUGGAUUUAUUAUUCCACUAUUAUUUUCAGUUAUCAGUGUUUUAAUUUUAGUAUGCGAAUUACAUCCUACGGCCUUAUCUGUGUAUCGUAUCGGUCGUAGAAGGUGUUCUUUCUUGCUUAAAAGUUCGCUACUUAAACAGUCAAAUUAAAAAAUAAUAAUAAUAAACAAAAAAAUUAAAGUUUGAAUCGUUCAGGGCGGCCAAUAUUUUCCUACGUAUUUUUAGCUUGUUUUAAAGUGUAAUACAUAUAUGUUAUUUGCCGGCUGGGAGGUCCGUAUGGUGAAAAACUGUGACCGAGGUCUUGAAAAUACAGCCUUUUCAAGACCGAGGUCACAGUCACACCAUACGGACCGACCCUUAGCCGGUAAAUAACAUAUUUAUUGUUUUUAAACUUGACGAAAUUCUUUCCGAAAGAACCCGAAUGACUUAUGGCCGUAAAUACGGCAAGAUCUUCCAUAAACUGAACAAUUUUUGAGUGAGUAAAUGGUAGUUAAAAUAGAGGUGAUGCAAAUUUAAGAGAGAUGCCUCAGCGAAACAUUUUCAUUUCCGUAACGAUAAAGGUGAUUUAAAAGGUUUCCAAACAAACUUUGAAACAUUAUUUUUACAAGUAUCUGUCACAAUCUGACACCUGUCAAUUAGAGAGCGCGCAAGAAAAAAAAAAUCGUAGGAACAUUUGAAAACCAACAGAACUAGUUUGGCAAGGACUCUCACGACAAUGUUUUCUUAAAAAUCAGUUAAUGAUCUAACGGAAAGUAUUAUUUACUCUCAUCGACCAUUCAUUCAUGUACGAAGAUUUACCUCUGUUCUUUAAGUAAACGGCGAGGAAAGUAAUUGUGAGUAAAUUCAAUUUUUUAUUUUGAAGUUGUGAGAGUUUGCUCGUUUGUUUGCUGUAAUGGCGUGUUUAACUCUGAUCUUUCCUUCACAACAACUAAAUUCGAACGGCACACUCCAACGAGACACAAGGGAAUUUAAUGCAGCCUUUUCUCAAUUCCUUCAAUUUCUGUUGUGCAAUUUAAGGUACAAAUGUCCAAAUUGAACGGAAUUGGAAAGACUCACCAGGAGCGUAUAUUUGUUGUAGAACUUAAAUUAAAACUUCGCUCGCUUUUUUUUUACUAUGAACAAAUUGCUCGAGAAAAUUAAGAUAUUAAAUGAAUGAAAGUUCCAUCGUUCAGUUUAACUGUAACCAAAUACCUCACGUUUCAACUUUCUGGGUACUUUUUGUGAACAAUUAAAAUUAAUUGCAGACGGUUUUUAGGCCGCUCGUCAACCAACGUAAUGACACUAUUGUUUAUACAAAUUCAUUCUGAAACCAAUAUUUUUCUGUCAACCAAAGUGAUUUGAUAGAGAGGAAAGGGAGGAUUCAUAAGUUAUUUAUCGGCUUGAGGUAGUGACCGACGUGUUUGCUUAAAAAUACUGCCCAGCUGGAAAACGAGGUAUAUUUAUGAAAAAUGACAACGAAAGUUGGGAUGUACUCGGCGACUCACGAAAGCGUUACCGUGGCCCGUGGGCAGAGAUAGGAAAAUACUGACCGGGUAAAGAACCAAUCAGAUUGCAAGAUUCGUUACCGUGCCCUCUAAAGAAACAAUAAUGUGGCAAUUUUGCCGGUUUCAUUACUUUAUUUGGUAAAAUGACACAGCAUUGGAAUGAGAAAGCUCAUAACUGUUCUGAUUGAUGUGAAGUGUCGCUGAUUAUUUAUUCCAUUGCUUAUUGCCUUGGCAUUUAUUCUUAGACCCACCCACAAUUCAAAAUGUCACCACGUCAUCUAAGAAGUCUUGGAUUGGCCAGACAGUAACUUUGAAGUGUCUUUCUGAUGGUGUUCCUACACCAACAGUCUCUUGGUACAAACCUGAAGGAAGUGAAAUAAACAGAGUCACAGCCAGAGAAAACAAAGUACAAGUGCCACUCAGGGGUGAUCAAGAUUUUGGUCAUUACAAGUGCAUUGCUGCCAAUGGACUUAUUCCAUCUGAUGAGAAAUUGAUAAAGAUAAGUCAGAUAAGUAAGCCAUUGAGAUCCGUGUAUUUUUAUUUAAAAGAAAACUAUAUAUGAAGUCAGCAUUUUCUUUUGCCUUUGCUCAUUAUCACAGUUUCAGUUGCAGUAGAAGUAAAAGCCAAAUUUUCUUACAAAGUAUUGGACAGAGUAACUUAUUCACUUUGUACAUCUCAUUGGAUAGUUUAACAUUUGAUGUUAAAUAUAAGCUUAUGUUAAACCAUCUAGUAAGGGAUUUAUCAUUCUUUCAUUUACUAAAAAUUUGUCCGCUUAGUUCUCGACAUACAUCUUACGGUCUUAUCUGAGCGUUCCAUUUGCAUUUUUUCCCUCUUAAGCAGCAUUAGACCUUCACAUGUAUAACUUCCAACAGUAGACUAAACACUCCAAACACUCCAGCAUUAUAUUAACGCGCUUUAUUUAAGAAACGCAGUUGUAGUUGCGGUUGUUCAAAGCGGUUAAAACUAAAAUACAAACAAAGAAAAGAACGUUACAAAGUGAACUGAAACGCAACGGAAAGAUGGACUAAAGCAACACUUACAUUUGUUAGGAGCUGGGGAAAAAACUGCACUGGAGCGGCGACGAACUGUAAUGUGAAAUCUGGCUGCCGUAGGGCGAAAAGUGACCGCUUGGAAAUGGCAAGCGAAAAAAAACUGACCCGAAGAGGCUGACACGUCCUUUAGAUACUAACAAAUAUAUUACAAUAAAUUACUCAACUAACACGCUAAAAUACAUUCUGCACGCAAGACCUACAAAAAUCCCAAAGGGCAAAAACAAAAGACGCUAAUAAACGGGCGUUUAGUUCUUUACAACAUAUUUUUCGCCUUCGUUACCCCAAUGAGGUAGGACAGAAUAUUACUGGAAUUAUGCUGGAUAUAGUUAGCCCGAUCUUUUAGUGAAAAAUGCACCCAUAUUUGUUUUAAAAAAUUUAAAGUAAACUGACAGCACCUUGCCCUUUGGUAGCAUUAAACACGUUACAAAAGAGCAUUAAACUUCAGGCAGAUUGAUGACAUCUUCACAUUCGAGUAUCCUUAGGAAACUUCCUCAACCAUGGACUAUCAAUUGUUCUUCUUUUUAUUAACCCUUGGCUGAAUUUAUCCGGUAGCUACAUUUACAUUCAUUAAUUACAGGUUAACGCACUCAGCGAGUGAACUAUGGGGAUUUACCUGCACGAGUUCACUGACAAUGAACGAGAAAUUUCAAAGCCUCGUGCGGUUUUGAAUACUCCGAUUUCAUUGUUUGUGAACGAGUACAGGUAAAUAAUGAUAAAUCACGAGCCAUGAGUACGUUAACAUUUUUAUUAUUCAAAUUGAAUACACUGCACAAAGAAACACUGCAUUGAAACCACUAUCUACAAGGUAAACUAAGCCAUGGUGCAAUGACAAUGGUGUGUUGAAUUUACACCACGGCUAUUAUACCACGAUAACGAUAUCAAGGAGGUUGUUUCGUCACAACCCAGUAUCACGUGGUACAAAUCAUCUAAUCAGAAAAUCGAAAUUCGAAGAUUGUAUGAAAGUUGAAUAACAAACUGUGAGAAGAAGUGGACUUGCAUUCAUCCUUAGUGUUGUGACAAAACUCAAAAUAAUCUCUUUUCUUAUGACGCUAUGUAGAGAAACCAGGGAAAGCAUCUAUCAACUCAUCAGAAUCAGUCAUUCAAGCAACUUCUAUAAUAAUACAAUGGACUGCACCAGCUGAUGAUGGAGGAAGUCCGAUUACAGGAUUCCAAAUGAUCUUACAAAAGGAUGAAACUGAAAUAAAAAAGGUUAAUAUCACCGAUCCUGGGACGACAAGUUAUUCGUUUCGUGGUUUGGAGAAAGAUACCAACUACACAGUGAAACUGUUUUCCAGAAAUGUUGUAUUCGAGGGAGAUCCUACUGUAUGGAACAUUAAGACCAAGUUUGAAGGUGAGGAAUCAAAAGUGAUGUCGUGACUGAGCACUUUCCACCAAUCAUUUUUUCCCUAACUUAGAUUUGUUGUGAGCAACCCAUUUUUAAUAAUGUUAUCUGCUUGCCGCAUUAUAAGAUUUUGGAUUUUCAGCGUUUGUCCCCUCCUUAGUGGCCAGUUUCCUUUCCCUUUGUGAUAAUUGUUUUAGAGGUACGUGCGUUUGAAGAAGCAUAAUAAAAGUAAUGAACCUAGGUGAGAACAAUAGACAACCUACGCGGUUACGUUCCGUAAAUGCUACCUGAUUUAUCAAGUAUUGUUUGCCUUGUCGUUUUUUUUUUUAUUUUUUUUUUUUUUCUAAUGUUCAGGUCUCAAAAUCUGUUAUGUGAAUCAGCAACAACAGCCGCUAGAGAGUGAUCUUUCGGUUGGAUACAUUUUUCCUAAACUCUUCCCGGCCAUAUUCAAAAGUCCAACUAUCCCUUUAGGCCGUGAGACGAUUUCCACACAUCGUUUGACCAAAGAAUUGAAGUUGGAAGAAAUGGGCCUUUCAUGAAAAUCGCUUUUAACAUGCUAAUAUUAUGGGGAAAUCUCGUCAAACAGUGUGUGGACGGCCUCGAAGAGUCCUCCGUAUAUAUUUUCUUUAAGAUGAGAAAUAGCUUGUUUUCAUUUAGCAGGGAUAAGCCCAAACCAAAACAGUUAAGGUUGCCGUUUUCAAGAAAGUUUCUUUCGAAUCUCAUCCGGCACAUAUCUCACUCAACAAAAAAAGUAUUGUGGGAACAGGUGUGAACUUAGUAACUGAAGUUGAGCAGCCGUAACAUGGCAAUGAAGUUCGUCACACCUGUUAUCCCUUAAGCGCUUCUUGUCAUUGCCUCGACUGGCAACCCCCCUGGAAAAAAAAGUUUGUUGUCUCGGCGGAAGAACCCGCGCCAGCUUAUGUUUGCAGAAGAAGAAUCGUAGGUCUGGACGCUCAAAUGGCUCGAGAAGCGGAGCAUGCGCACUCAUUUUUGCGCUGUGUCAUUGCAAAGUGCCUGUACUAAGUCAUGCGCGAUGUCAAACUUUGAAAAGCAGAAUAUAGUUGUACACGAACUGAGAGCCUUUCUGUAAUUAGGUGACACAAACGAAUAGCGAAUUGCGACGUCAUCUAUGCAUCGGUCUUUCAUUUGAUCUCGUGUAAAUAGCAAUUAAAUACCAGUAGAAGUCAGUGUAUCGUUCAAAUUCACCUUGUAAAUGCAGUAUUUGUUUUAGGCAAUAACCGACCAUCAUUUUAGGCUUCUCAUUAUCGCUUCAUCUCAAUACUUAACUUAAUUUUGCUUGCCAUACACUAUCGUUUCAAAAAUAUCCCAAAAAAAUCCUCGACCAAUUUACAGAUUAUUUAAUCAUUGAUAAUGGUGUGACCAGGUUUGUAACAAGAAGUUGUAUAAUUAUUGAAAAUUUCACGCUGUUCGUGUUGUUGACAUCAAUCUAGGAGCCCCAGAUGUGGUAGAAAUAGACGAACUGCCAGAUGAAACAACAGAAGAUACAAUUACCCUAAAGUGGAAGGAGCCAGAAAGUAAUGGAAAAGUUAUUACCAUGUAUACAGUGUACCAAAGAGUAGUGACUGAUGGGAAAGUUGGACAGUGGACAGAAAUAAAGAAAAUCAGAGAUGUUUCUGUGAGAGAAUUGAAAAUAACGUUGGAGAGAGGAAAGGUGUAUCAGUUUGCCAUUACUGCAACUAAUGAGCUUGGUGAAAGCCUAAAACAAGAGAAAGCAAAUAUCCAGCAAGUCAAAGCAAAAGAAGGUAUGUUCAAAUGA